AUGUCUGGUCAUAAGCAAUUUUAGCGUAUUAAUUUGCAAAUCAUUAAGACCUACUCAUUACAACGCUUUCCAAUAAUUUCAAUAUGUCUAGAUCAUUAAUAAGGUAAUGAACGUUUAUAUUUUGGAACUUGUGAAGAGCCAUCCAAUAGGUUGGUGGCAUUUCAUGAUUUGAACUUAUUUGUUAAUAAAGCCUUUUAUUUUGUUCAUAGAAAUAGUUAAGAGGUCUAUUAAGGUCUUCUCCCUAUCAUGUAUUAUGCAUUUUAUAGAAAUCAAUUUACAAAUAUGAUUUUUUUGGGACCUACUGGAAUUUCUUAAUUUAUUAUGCUAACUAGAUAUAUGCUUGGUAUACGUAAUCUAGCAUUUGGUGCAUUAGAUUUAAAUAAGGAAAUGAUAAUUAAACAAUAGAAAUUGGGAAUAGGAAAUAAAAUAUAAUUCUUAGAAAUGAUCAAAAACACAAUUGAUAAACAUGAAAUCCAAAAUUUGGAUGGAGUAAAUCAAAUUAUUAAAGAAAAAGCUUCAUAAUAUGUGAUUCCAAAAGAUUUUGUUGAUUAAAAUAAACAGAUAUCAUUGGAAUAUUCUAAAGUAAAAGCUUUCUUUGGAAAUAAGUAAUACUGAUAUCUUAAUCUCUCUAGUCCUAAUCUUACUUAAUAUCUAGUGACAUUUAAAGUAGAGAAACAAUUAGAUUUUGAGAAAUGUAGAUAGCUAAAUAUUCCAUUAUCUAAGUUACCAGAAGUUAAAGAAGGAAAGGUUUUUGUGAAUAACAAAAUUCUUACUUUUGAAGAAAUAUAAAAAUUUAAUCCCUAAUUAUUAUAAUAAGGAAUACUUAUAUUAGAUUUUAAGCAUGAAGAUGAAGUUGAAGACUUUGUUUCAAACAUAUUUGAUUAAUUAAAAAAUGAAUUAUAAUUAUAUCAAAAGGAAUUCAAAAGCUAUUAGCAAAAUAAAGAUUUGAAUCAAACUCUUAUAAUUGUUCAUUAUGCUAAUAAACAAUUGUUAGAAUCCAAAAUAUAUAAUAAGUUAAUUAAUAAGAUAAAACAUCUAAAUUAUAAAAUAGUCCAUAUUAUAACAUCUUAAGAAUAUUAUUAAGAACUUGACAAAAUUAGUUAAAAAGACAUGGGUAGAGAAAAGUUUGGAUAUUAUUAUCUUGAUUAUUUAAAAAUUAUGAGAAAAUACUUACCUAAUUUGUUUAGAGGAUAAGAUUAAAUAAGUCAAUUUUAAAUAAAUAACAAUAUGACAAAUCUUAAUUCACUUUGGACAAAUGAAAUAAAAUAUCUUCCAAUGAGAAUGAAAACAAUUUAAAUAUAAAAUGGAAUUUUAUAAUUUGAAGAUUUAAAAGUAAAGAGAUAAAUUUCUUAUUCAUUACAAAGAGAAGAGAAGUAGAUAUUAGUUCGAUUAAAUAAUGAAAUUGGCAAUACUUAAAAUAAGAGUUAUGAAGUUUUAAUGUUAGGAACAUCAUCUUCAAUUGAAAAUUAAUCUAGAAAUGCAAGUGGAAUUCAUGUAAAAAUAAAGAAUGUUGGUAUAUUGAUGGAUUGUGGAUAGAAUACAUUAAAUUAAUUUUAUUUUAGUUGUUAGAAUGAUGAAGAAUUUAAAUAGAAAAUAAGCAAUGUAUAAAUAAUAUAUAUAUCUCAUUCUCAUAAUGAUCACCAUUAAGGUCUAUAUGAUUUUAUAAAGCAUAAAUGUUAAUUGUCAAAAGAACCAUUUUUCUUAUUACUUCCAAAACCUAUUUAUUUAUGGUAUUCAUAAUUAUUUACAAAUUUAUUCAAAGAAGAAUUUGGAUUGAAAAGUUAUGUACAUUAAAUCAAAAUUGUAUUUACAGAUGCUUUAAUUAAUUCAAAUCUUAUAGAAUAAAUUUAAUCUUAAUCACAUCAAACAUUUAAAAUAAAUAAUUUAGAACCAGAGGAAUUUCCUGAAAUUAAUUUAUAAUUAAAUUUUGAUACUAAUUUAAAUAAAAUGGAAUUUUAGGAGUUCCUUAAUUAUAAUGAUUUUAAAUUAGAUAUAGCAAUGACUUAACAUUGUUAAUUUAGUACUGGAAUUAAAUUGACUUCAAAUGGAAAAACAUUAGUUUAUUCAAGUGAUAGAUUAGGUAAAUUGAAAAAAUUUAGAAAUAAAUUCUUUGAAUUUGCACAAAAUUGUGAUCUAUUAAUUCAUGAAUGUACAUAUCCAGAUGAAAUGAUGGAAAAGUAAUUAAUUUAGAUAUAUUAUAAUAGGGCAAUAGCAGUUAAACAUUCUACAUUUGUAUAAGCUUUUUUUAAUGCAUAUGAAAUGAAAGCAAAAAAUUUGGUUGUAACUCAUUUUACUGAAAGAAGUCUUUUCUAUUUAAAGGGAUUCUUUAAUACAGAAGGAAAUUUAAAUAUACCUUAAUUUAAGAAAUUAUUAUAAAAAUAUUCUCAAGAGUCUACCAAACCAUUUGAUAUUGAUGAUGCUGUGAAAUAUUUAGAAAAUAAUGUUAUAUUUGCAAGUGACUUUUUAAUUUUUGGAGAUGGAAAUAUCGAAAAAUUAAGUAAAAUAUCGCGUAUAAUUGCAAAAAGUCUUUUUCCUUGA